GAGGGACCUGUAUAGGAGGUCCUUGGGUUUUCUCAAUACACAGAAGCAGAAUUUGGAAAUGCACAUAUGAUCACUGCUAAGGCAGCUUAAAAAGAAGGAUCAGAAGAAAACACUAUUACAUAUCAGUGGAAGAGUUUGAUUUUUCUUCUACAGAAUGAAGCAUUUUGUUCAAUCAAAGCAGCACAGCACAGAUCAGAACUGGAUCAGAAAACAAUUUUAUUAUUUCUCAAAUUAUAUUAACUUAUAAAUGUCUUGGCUUUUCAAGAGUCAACUGUUUACUAAGUAUCACUGAUCAGAACAGACAAGUACUUGUGUCCCUUCAACAAGUUCUUAUAUAAGCAGCUCAGUUGGUCUCCAAACAUGGACUACAACAAAGUGGCAGCAAACUACAUCCAAAGUGAAGAAUUCUUCUCAAGAAACUAUGCUUUUCCCUUAAACUAUACCUACAGUGAUUAUGAACUUAGUGAUGAUGAAGAUGUAACCAAAACAAGAACAUUUUACGCUGCAAAAAUAGUAAUCGGAGUGGCUCUUAUUUGUAUUAUGCUCAUUUGUGGCAUUGGGAACUUUAUUUUCAUUGCAGCACUUGUCAGAUACAAAAAGCUCAGGAAUUUAACCAACCUGCUAAUUGCCAAUCUGGCCAUUUCUGAUUUUAUCGUAGCCAUAGUCUGCUGUCCUUUUGAGAUGGACUAUUAUGUUGUAAAACAGCUGUCUUGGGAACAUGGACAUAUCCUCUGUGCAUCCGUCAAUUAUCUCAGAACUGUAUCACUUUAUGUCUCUACAAACGCUCUACUUGCCAUAGCUGUUGACAGGUACUUGGCAAUUGUACAUCCACUGAAGCCUCGUAUGAAUUACCAGACUGCCUCAUUCUUGAUUGCCCUGGUUUGGAUUAUUGCGCUGCUUAUAGCCAUACCUUCAGCAUAUUUUGCUACAGAAUCAGUGCUCGUUAUUGUGAAAAACCAAGAGAAGAUAUUUUGCGGUCAGAUUUGGCCAGUUGACCAGCAACUCUAUUAUAAAACCUACUUCCUCUUUAUUUUCUGCAUUGAGUUUGUUGGACCAGUUAUUACAAUGACGUUGUGCUAUGCCAGGAUAUCCAGAGAGCUUUGGUUCAAAACGGUGCCUGGGUUUCAGACAGAACAAAUACGGAAACGUCUCCGAUGCCGGAGAAAGACAGUCUUUGUGCUCAUGUGUAUCCUCAUAGCUUAUGUCGUAUGUUGGGCUCCAUUUUAUGGAUUUGCCAUUGUUCGGGACUUUUUUCCUAUAGUUUUUAUCCGAGAAAAGCAUUAUCUGUCUGCUUUCUACAUUGUAGAGUGCAUUGCAAUGAGCAACAGCAUGAUUAACACAAUGUGCUUUGUGUCUGUUAAAAACAAUACCAUGAAAUACUUUAAGAAGAUCAUGCUUCUGAAAUGGAGAUCCACUUACAAUGGAAGUAAAUGUAGUGGAGAGAUAGAAAUUAAAACAAGUACUGUUCCAGCUACAGAAGAGGUUGACUGUAUUAGGUUAAAAUAACAUAUUUAUACUGAUUACUACAAAUCACUUUGCAGCAGUUUGACUAAAGUGUGGAUUGUACUGCUUAUUCGUAUUUUGCAUUGUAUGAAAAUGUUGUGAAAAAAAAUCACACUCGUAUUGUUACUUGCAUUUAUACAAAGUAAUUACAUCAAUCUAGGUGUUUCACAUGUUGGUGGUAAGUAAUAUAUUCUUGUGAAUUCUUUUUUAUGGAUUGUGUUUACUGAUGGCUGUUAUUAUAUUUCAUGUUUCAAAGGAGUGCACCCAAAAAAAAUGCAAAUUAAAUAAUAUACUGCUACAACAAAAAUGGACAGCCUAAAAUAACACAAUAUAUACAACAAAAAUAUAAUAAAAGCAGUUCAUGAAGAAUCGCUAUUAGUUGUUUAUUCAGUUCAAGUUUCUUUCCAUCAAAAUUCUCAUUCAUGAAGACUGUGGCCCGGAUUCACAGACAGCGGUGCACAUUUAUGCCGCCGUAGCGUUUCUCCUGUACGCUACGCCGAUGCA